UUCUCUUUUAACUUUUAUUUCUUCUUAUAAAACCCCCCACUCUCAAUGAGCCUUAAAACUUUUACUCGUGAAGAGGUGACACGCCACAAUGUUGAGGGCGAUUUAUGGAUCAUUAUCGAUGCUAGUGUCUAUGAUAUGAGUCGUUUUGUUGAUAUGCAUCCUGGUGGAGCAUUCCCUAUCUUGGAAUUUGCCGGUAAAGAUGCUACCGAUGAUUUCUACGGUCUUCAUCGCCAAGACGUACUCGUCAAGUACGAUCGUUACCGUAUCGGUACCAUCGCCAAUGAACAACCCCAAAUUGAGUUUUACAAGAGUGGUGAAAUGUCCAAGGUUCCUUAUGCUGAAUCUAGUGCCUGGAUGGGUUUCAAGUCCCCUUACUUCAACGAUUCUCAUUUCAAGUUCCGUGUCGCUGUUCGCAAGAUCUGCGAUUCUUUAGCUGAUGAGGCUCGCGCUUUUGAAGAUGCCGGUACUAAACCUUCUGACGAGUUCAUGAAGAAAUUAGGUGAGAAUCAUCUCUUGUCUAUGAAUAUUGGUCCCGGUCCCAUGUUACAUGGUUUGAUGCUUCCCAGCGGUCUCAAGGGCGAAGACUUUGAUUAUUUCCAUGAGAUCAUUGUUCACGAAGAAACUGCACGUUGGAAGGUGCGUGGUUUUGAUGAUGGUUCUGUAGCCGGUAUGGUUAUUUCCGCACCCACAAUUAUUAACUUUGGAACUCCCGCUCUGAAGAAAAAGUAUAUUCCUGAUAUCUUUUCAGGCAAGAAGAGAAUCUGCCUUGCUAUUACUGAAGCCUUUGCUGGUUCAGACGUAGCACGUAUCAGAACCACUGCUGUCAAGACAGCUGAUGGUAAACAUUAUCUUGUCAAUGGUACAAAGAAGUGGAUUACCGGUGGCUGUUGGGCCGAUCUUUUCUCUGUUGCUGUACAGACCGAUAAGGGUAUGUCUAUGCUUUUGAUUGAACGUAGCGAAGGCGUUGAGACAAAGCCUAUCAAGACUUCUUACUCCCCUAGUGCUGGUACUGCUUAUGUCACCUUUGAAAAUGUCUUGGUUCCUGUCGAGAACUUACUUGGUAAGGAGAACCAAGGUUUUGUUGUUGUCUUAUCCAACUUCAACCACGAACGCUUUGUCAUGAUCACACAAGUCUCCAUGUCUGCUCGUCUUGUCAUUGAAGAAUGUUUCAAGUGGGCCAAUCAACGUAAGGUCUUUGGUAAGCGCUUGAUUGAUCAACCUGUUAUUCGUAAUAAGUUGGCCAAGAUGGUUGCCAGUCUUGAAAGUGUUCACGCUUGGAUGGAAAACAUUGCUUAUCAAAUGAACAACAUGACCUAUGACGAGCAAUCAGAAAAGUUGGCUGGUCCUAUUGCCUUAUUAAAGUAUCAAGCUACACGUAUGAUUCACGAUGUUUCCGAUGAUGCCUGUCAAAUCUUUGGUGGUCGUGCCAUUACCAAGACUGGCAUGGGUAGAACUGUCGAAACUCUCCAAAGAACUUAUAAAUUCUCUGCUAUUCUCGGUGGUGCUGAAGAAAUCAUGGCUGAUCUCGGUAUUCGUCAAGCCAUGAAAUAUUUCCCCCGUGGUGCCAGACUUUAAAAGAAGUGGUCGCUCUUUAUUUUUGUACAAUCACAAGGAAAUAAACUUAUUUAUUAUUUUAAU